GUCAUUUUAUCACAGGAAAAAUUUGCUCGAACGUUUUCGAAAGCAAAAGCAAAAUCAGAAAAGAUUAUCAGCCGGAAUGAUGCCGCGUGGUGGUCUUUUACAGCACAUCUUUCAGUUUUAAUUUAAUAAUUCCUUAAUUUUUCUUCGUUCGUUGCCGAAUCCUUAAACGAUCUUGAGUCAUCUCUACACACACGAUGGGUAGAGAGGAUAAGGCAACAUGGAAAGCUAACUACUUUCUCAAGUUAGUGAACUUAUUGGAUGAUUACCCGAAAUGUUUCAUCGUGGGAGCAGACAAUGUCGGAUCGAAACAGAUGCAACACAUUCGUAUCACGUUGCGUGGAAGCGGUAUCGUUCUUAUGGGUAAAAACACCAUGAUGAGAAAAGCUAUUCGUGGUCACAUCGAAAGAAACCCUGCCUUGGAAAAAAUUUUACCUCACAUCAAAGGUAAUGUUGGUUUCGUAUUCACCCGAUCGGAUUUGGUCGAAGUACGUGAAAAAUUGCUGGAAAAUAAAGUUCAAGCUCCAGCCCGUGCCGGAGCUAUUGCACCGUGCCCUGUAGUAAUCCCAGCUCAGAAUACCGGUUUGGGUCCUGAAAAAACAUCUUUCUUCCAGGCUCUUUCUAUCCCAACCAAAAUUUCGAAGGGUACCAUUGAAAUUAUCAAUGACAUUCACAUCUUGAAAGAAGGCGACAAAGUCGGUGCUUCCGAAGCAACCUUGUUGAAUAUGUUGAACAUUUCUCCCUUUUCUUACGGUUUAGCCGUUCAGAUGGUUUACGACUCUGGUACCAUAUUCGAACCCAAAAUCUUGGACAUCAAACCGGAAGACUUACUGGCUAAAUUCUCGGAGGGUAUUGCCAACGUUGCUGCGGUAUGUUUGACCAUCGACUAUCCUUGUGUUGCAUCUGUUCCGCAUAUGUUGAUCAACGGAUUCAAGAAUCUGUUGUCGAUCGCUGCCGAAACUGAGAUUGAAUUCAAGGAAGCUGAAACAAUGAAAGAAUAUUUGAAAGAUCCUUCGAAGUUUAUUGUUGCUGCUCCUGUUGCCGCAGCCGCCGGUGCUGAGAAAGCUGCCGCUGAACCGAAAAAAGAAGAGAAAGAAGAAUCAGAGGAAGAAGACGACGAUAUGGGUUUCGGUCUUUUCGAUUAAAACUCUUGUCAACAAUCUUGUUAUUGAAAAUAAAAAUUUUUUUAUAAAUCUA